CUCUUAAGCGGCAGGUGGAAGAAGACAUACCAACACUUGGCAAACAAAUCCAAGUUGGACAACAUCCCUAUAGACGAGUGGCAGAGCCGUCAGACAACCUUACCGGGGAGACAACACCUAACGCAACUUUGAACAACAACUUGAGACGCUUCAUUUAGAAAAAUGGCCAUAAUCCUGAAGCCCUGGACAGUCCUGGUCGCAGUUGUCCUGUGCGUAUUAAUCUGUCUCGGUACCUUUGUGGACGCGUAUCCACCCAAGCCAGAGAACCCCGGCGAGGACGCGCCACCCGAGGAAUUGGCCAAGUACUACACGGCACUGAGGCAUUACAUCAACCUUAUCACAAGGCAACGGUAUGGCAAGCGGUCGACACCAGCUGAGGGCGUGCUCUCAGAGCUUCUGUUUGGAGACAGCACGGAGCACAACCAGAGAUCAAGAUACGAAGACUCCAACAUGUGGUGACUCCCCCAUUCCAUCGUUCUGUCGACUGAUCUUCACCAUGACGAUGAGUGAAGUCCACCUGUGCCUCACACCGCAACCCUCCACUGCUGUCCAACAACACAUGGCUGUCUGAGAACAUUCGUCCUGGAGUUUUACAACAAAAACCUCUCUCUCUCUUCUCUCUCUCUCUAUCUCCCUCUCCUCCUGCCCUUCCUCCUCCUUUUGUCUUUUCUAUCUCUCUUGGUAUCAUAUUCUUUAAAUAUCUUCAUGCCAUUCCAUUUCAUUUCUUUCACAUAGAAAAUUGUACAUAAUUUAUUAUUGAAUAUAGAGAAUUAAAACAAAUAAUGUAACUGUAUCUGUCAACAUCUCUAUGUCUGACAUGUAAUCUUUUUUGUUUGUACUGUACAAAAUUACUAUAUUGUAUGUGAAUUAAAGUUUAUUGGAUGAGUCGAACUGG